AUAUUAAAAACGGAUCCAAUUAAGCAACAACACAGUGGUUGACCUUGUUCAUUUUGGUCUGAAACACGAACAUGGAAGUGUUUGUUUCCAUUUGAAUCAUAAUCUCAAAAAUUCAGAUGGCGUUUGAUGAUGUCGCUUAUUCAAGGCCUCUUUUCCUCACGAUCUACACCGUUGUUAUCGUGGGCAUCGUUGUUUCCUCCUUAUACGUCUUCUCUGCAAUUCACUACUCUCCCACAACGUCCUCUUCUGCUUGGUCUUCUUUUCCUCCUCUUUCAAAUGAUGAUUCCCGGAUUAACAUUUCUCAAUCAGAAGUGGUGCGUCUUGUACCAUCUGCUUACUCUGAGCCACAGAAUGUGUCAAAGAAGACUGUUUUGAAUGUUCCUCCUCGUAAUACAAAGAUGCCACCUUUGGAAGAUUUUAAACUGACCAAACAACUUGUUCAACAAAGGGUGAAAGAUAACAUUAUCAUAGUUACCUUUGGUAACUAUGCGUUCAUGGACUUUAUUCUGACAUGGGUUAAGCAAUUGAAUGAUCUGGGCCUUUCCAACUAUCUUGUUGGUGCAAUGGACACUAAAUUAUUGGAGGCACUUUACUGGAAAGGGAUACCGGUUUUUGACAUGAACAGUCAUAUGAGCACCGUAGAUGUUGGCUGGGGUACUCCAACGUUUCAUAAGAUGGGGAGAGAAAAAGUUAUUUUGAUAAACUCUAUACUUCCUUAUGGUUACGAACUAUUGAUGUGUGAUACUGACAUGGUUUGGUUGAAGAACCCACUUCCAUAUUUUGCUCGUUAUCCCGGAGCCGAUGUUUUAACAUCCAGUGAUCAAGUUGUACCGACAGUUGUUGAUGAUAGUCUGGAAGUUUGGCAAGAAGCUGGUGCGGCCUACAAUAUAGGAAUUUUCCAUUGGAGACCUACAGAGUCUGCGAUAAAAUUGGCAAAGGAAUGGAAGGAAGUGCUUCUGGCUGAUGAUACAAUAUGGGAUCAGAACGGGUUUAAUGAAAUUGUCCAUAGAGAGUUAGGACCGUCGGUUGACGAGGACAGUGGACUUGUUUAUGCUUAUGAUGGAAAACUAAAGCUGGGAGUUUUGCCUUCAAGUAUCUUCUGUAGCGGCCAUACAUAUUUUGUCCAGGCUAUGUAUCAGCAACUCAGGUUGGAGCCGUAUGCAGUGCACACUACAUUUCAGUAUGCAGGGACUGAAGGAAAGCGCCACCGACUACGAGAAGGCAUGCUUUUCCAUGACCCGCCCGAAUACUAUAAUCCUCCUGGGGGUUUCUUGUCAUUUAAGCCAUCUAUUCCAAAAAGAUUGUUACUAACUGGGAACCAUACUGUUGGAUCACAUUUUACCCUCAUUAAUUACCAAAUGAAACAGAUUAGAACUGCACUUGCAAUUGCUUCCCUUCUUAACAGAACGCUGGUCAUGCCCCCACUAUGGUGCAGGAUUGAUAGGCUAUGGUUCCCCCAUCCAGGUGUUUUGGAGGGGUCGAUGACUAGACAACCUUUUCUCUGUCCUUUGGAUCACGUAUUUGAGGUGAAUGUCAUGUUGAAAGAACUCCCGGAGGAAGAAUUUGGCCCCGGAAUAGAUAUUAGAGAGUACUCCAUACUUGAUAAUCCUUCACUGCCCUUAGAGGUGAAAAAGUCGUGGCUCGAUGUUCACCUUUGUAAAGAAGGAACACAAGAUUGCAAUGCGUCAAAUAAUGUAACUGUUGGGGGAGUACUUAAAUUUCCAAAGCAUAGCAAUGAAGAAACGUUCAUGAAAGUAUUUUCGUCCUUCAAGGAUGUAAAAGUCAUCCAGUUCUCGUCGAUUCGAGACGCAUUUACUGGUUUCACAAACAAGGAACGAGAAGAUAGAUUCAGAACACGAGUUAAACAUUACACCGGUAUAUGGUGUUGUGUGGGGGAUCACACGCCGGGUCACAUAUAUUAUGAUAUGUAUUGGGACGAGAAACCUGGAUGGAAGCCAAUCCCUCCCCAAACUUCUGCAGAUGAUCAUCCUCCUUGGUGAGGUCAACUUCAGUAUUAUAUGUUCAUCAUCAAAACACUAUGAUGGACGAGGAAUACAGUCAUAAACAGAAGAUAUUUAAAGAUGGUUGGUUCUUUUCCAACUCAUGUUUGUGGAAGUAAAGACUGCAGCACUGAUGCUUCUUAUGGAAGGUGUGUCUCGUGCCUGACACUGGUGUUUGACUCUGAUACAUGUCGUUAUAUUCAAUUAUUUUGUUUUCUCAAUUUAUUACCGGUGUCAGUUUCUCAAAGUUCUGGUGUCUGUAUUUGUGUCCGUGCUUCAUAAAGUUGUAAUCUUUAUCCAUGUUGAGGAUGUUUGUUACUUAUUUGAGAGAUCAAAGCUUUCAACUUUGCAAAUUAGAGAAAUGGAAGCAAACAAUAUCUUGGUUGAGGAUGCAGUUUUUUUUUUGGAUGUUGUUGUCUUAGUAGAUAUUGAAUUGCUUGUAAUUAAAAUAAUAGGAGAAAUCCAAAUGUAUCAAUCUUCUCUUUUA